CACGCACCAGUCGGUUAUGCUUUUAAGCGGACGGUGAGGGAAUAAUUAUGCAAAGCAUAAUUACAUCCAUGACAGAGGGGUUUGUGGAAUGAAAAUUUGACGGCGUCACGCAAUACAAUACAACGUUUAACGUUAACGGACAGUAUUUCAUUCAUCCGUGAUUCUGCUACAACGUCUUCCGAAAGUUUAGAUCACUUUGAACACAGAGUACUGUCUGCUGCUGAUAGAUGAACAUGGAGAGGCAGGCUCUGGAGUGUGCCAGGGAGGCAUUUAUCACUGGGAGGUCACGACCCCAAAAGUUUAGAGUUGAGCAGCUGAAAUCCCUUCUGAGGAUGAUUACAGACAGACAAGGGGAGAUCGCCACUGCCCUCAAACAAGACAUUAACAGGAGCCAGUACGAUACACCCCUCUUAGAGCUGAUAGGCUUAGAGAAUGAGAUCAUCCUGGCAAUGGGAAAACUCUCUGAGUGGGCGGCCCCACGGCCAAUGGAGAAGAGUAUCCUGACUCUCACUGACAAGGUGUACAUCCAGCCAGAGCCUCUGGGAGUGGUGCUCAUCAUUGGGGCCUGGAACUACCCCUGGGCUCUCACUCUGCAGCCCCUAAUAGGGGCCAUUGCUGCUGGCAACGCAGCUGUGGUGAAACCGUCUGAGCUGAGUGAGCAUUCCUCAGCUCUUCUCAGAGACCUGCUCCCCCAGUAUCUAGACCAGGAACUCUACCCUGUAGUAACAGGUGGAGUUUCAGAGACACAGGAGCUGCUGAAGCAACGUUUCGAUCACAUCUUCUACACGGGGAACAGCACUGUGGGUAAACUGGUGAUGCAGGCCGCCGCACACCACCUCACACCCGUCACUCUGGAGCUGGGGGGGAAGAGCCCCUGUUUCAUUGACAAGGACUGUGACCUCAGAGUUGCCUGCCGCCGUGUCACGUGGGGAAAGUUUAUGAACUGUGGUCAGACGUGCAUCGCUCCAGACUACGUCCUGUGUGAACCCAGCAUACAGAACAGAGUGGUGGAGGGCAUACGUCAAACAUUACUGGAAUUCUACGGUCCGGACCCCAAAUCCUCACCAGACUAUGGCCGCAUCAUCAACAGGCGCCACUUUAACAGAGUGAUGGGUCUGCUGGAGGGAUACACAGCCGCGGUGGGUGGGCAGAGUGACUCGUCACAGUGCUACAUCGCCCCCACUGUGGUGAAGGACGUCCCCCCUCAUGCCCGGAUCAUGCAGGAGGAGAUCUUCGGGCCCCUGCUGCCCAUCGUGCCUGUCAGCGACCUGGACGACGCUAUUCGCUUCAUCAACGAACGAGAGAAGUCUCUGGCACUCUAUGUCUUCUCAUGCGAUAAAAACACAAUUAAGAGGAUGCUAGCUGAGACGACCAGUGGAGGUGUGACAGUCAACGAUGUAAUGAUGCACUAUACUCUCAACUCUCUGCCCUUUGGGGGUGUGGGUAACAGUGGCAUGGGCCGUUACCAUGGCAAGCACACGUUCGAUCAGCUCAGUCACCACCGGGCAUGCCUAGUCAGAUCCCUGGGCAUGGAGGGCAUCAACGAGGCCCGGUACCCUCCUCAGAGCCGCGAGAGGGCGCGGAAGGCACGGUGCGCCUUGCGCAGCCCACUAAUUGACUUCUCUAAGCGUACCUUUGUGUGGGCUGUCACUGUGUCCAUCAUAGCGGUUGGCCUCUUAAUUGCCCUGGCGGUCAUCCUGUUUAUAACUUCUGGUCUCAGCUGUACCUGUUGAAGAGAGACAAAAUAAUAGACUGACAAAUGAAUGACAUCCUUGAGCUGUUUUUUAUAAUUAGAAUCACUCAACUUUCAUAAAGUACCUACUAAUACCUAUUUGUGUCAAUAACCAAUGCAAUUAUUCUUCUGCAAUCAUGAAUUGUACAUGUUCCCAAAGAUAAGCCAGACAUGAGAAUGCUCCCCCUCAAACUCCCACUGAACCAAAGACUUGGGGUCUAAAACAAAAAUGGCUUUGUGUGUUUGAAACAAUGCACCGUGUUGUCCUGGAAAUCUCACCACAUAACGCUUUGCCAUCAACCCCCCUUUUAAUUACCCGUCAUGCCUCAUUCUCCUAUUUUAAAAGAACUUUUGUUUGGCCCCCACUUGUACCUUUGUUUGUUGACAUCCACACCCUUGUCCUCACAUGAUAACUUCCAUUGUAUCUGCCAUUCAGCCCUCUUAUCCUUGCUAUGCCAACUCUGAUGAUUUGUACCCUGAUUGUAUGAGAUUGAUUUUAGAAGCCAUUUUGUAUCUUGUGUUAUUUGCAGAGGUUCCUGCGGUCUGGCUAAAGAGGAAGACACUAGGGAUGCCACCUUUCUUUCUGAACUUGAUUUUACCUUCUGUGGUAUCACUGCUGGUGC